AUGGAAUCUAAAUCACUCCCCCAGACUCUACCAAGACUCAUCCCAGCUGACCAGGUCCUUCCGACUAUGAAAAGCAUUAUCAAACAAUAUCAGGCUGUACGAGAAGGCAUCAUUCAAGAUGUGAGCCCUGAAACCGCCACCUUUGGCAAUGUCAUUCAGCCUCUGAUCAACAUUGACAAUGCAACCCAGGGGGUUAUUGGCAUUAUUGCCAUGCUCCGUUAUGCAUCACCUGACCAAGCAUCUCGUGAAGCCUCUGAAGAAGCCUGUACCCUCAUCAAUGAAGAUCAGGCGGCCUUUACCGCAAGUUCAGACUUCUGGCACCUAAUUAAAGCUGUCAAGGAAGGAUCUGACGAAAAAACUCUUCACUUCGAGGCUCAAAAGUACCUUAACAAGUUGUUUCUGGAGUUCGAGCAGUUUGGACACGGCACCUUACAGCCUGAGCAAAUCGAACAGUAUAUGGAGAGAAGAAAUCGCAUAGACAGCAUGCGACGGGAAUAUAACCGGAGAAUCCGCGAAGAUAGCGGAGGUCUAUGGUUUUCCCUCGACGAUCUUGCAGGUGUACCCCAGCAUGAUAUAGACCGUUUUGAGAAACACUCAGAGAAUCACGAUAUGCGGUUCGUUCGCUUUUCAGUUGCAGAUUCUUUGGCUGUCUACAGAAGCGCCUCAAAGCCUACCACACGCAAGAGAAUGUAUAUUUGCGACGCAAAUAACCUUAGCCAGAAUGCCGAACUCUUCAAGCAGAUUGUCUUGGAAAGAGAUCUGAACGCUAGACUGUUGGGUUACGAAAGCCAUGCAGCAUAUCGAAUAAAAAAGAGAUUGAUGAAGACUCCGGGCAAGGUCGAGGAGUUUCUGACAGAUUUAGAGACUAAGUUGUUGGCUCGAGGGAAGCAAGAUAUGAAAUCACUGGUGGAGUUGAAGAAGCAGCACGAAGCCGAGAACUCCAUCGACGAAAGUUUUGACGGAGACACCAUGUUUCCAUGGGAUUAUUGGUAUUACGCUCGCAUGGCCCAGCAACUUCGACAUGUCAAUCAGGAGAGUAUGGCGAAGUAUUUCCCGCUACAACAUGUUAUCAAGGUCAUGCUGGAAAUGUUUUCUGAGUUCCUAGAGACCCAGUUUUGUCCCAUAUCUCCAGAUCAACUCCAAGGCUCCGUAUGGCAUCAAGAUGUACAAGCUUGGGCAGUAUGGGACGAUGGGGAAGCCUCGAAGGGUCAAUUCAUUGGUUAUCUUUACGUGGACCUCCUGUCCAGAGAUAAUAAGUACAAGGGCAACCAGAACGUCAACCUUCAAUGUAGCUACCUGAAAGGGGAUGGCACACGAGUGUAUCCAGCGACCAUCUUAAUGUGUUCCUUUCCACGCUCCAAGCCCUCAGACUGUACCUUGCUGAAGCACGGUCAGAUAGUAUCUCUCUUCCACGAAUUGGGACAUGGUAUCCACGACUUGGUGGCUAGAACCAGCUACGUAGCUUUCCAUGGUCACAGGUCACCACCUGACUUUGCAGAAGCUCUCAGCGUAAUGCUUGAAAAUUGGUGCUGGAUGGAACCGGAACUCAAACGCCUGGGCCUCCAUUACACGAGGACUGAUCCGCAGUUGAAGGAGAAAUGGCUGCAGGAACAUCCAGGAGAGGAGCUACCUCCAGCACAGAUACCCGAUGACAUGAUCAAGCGGUUGACUCAAGGCCGGCAGGUGACUCGCUCGUUGUGGUUUCUUCGUCAGAUGGUGUAUGCACGAUUUGAUAUGGCUGUGCACCAUCCAAAAAGUCACGCUGAGCUUCUAGAGAUGGAUUUCACAAAGGUCUACUAUGAUCUCAUGGAGAAGCUAUGGCUUGUUCGUGCACCGGAGCCAGGGGAUCAAGGAUAUCCCCACGCCGACCUUGGCCAUCUGAUCCUCAGUGCUCACGUGUUUGCGGCAGAGCUUUUUGAGUCUACGUUCCUUGAGGAUCCAAGGAGUGUAUCGGCUUGGGAAAAAUACAGAAAGGGAAUUCUUGAAUUCGGUGGAAGCCGAGAUGAGUUGGGGUUGCUGGAAGAGUACCUGGGACAUACUCCUACUGCUGAGGCGUUGCUCCGUGAUAUCUUACAAUAG